UAUAGACGGUACUACGGUUAUUAAAAAAAAAGGAAACUUUUAAUAUUCAAUAAUCAUGGAUUUGAAAAAUAUCAUACUGUUUUUCUGCGUGACGUUUUACUUUUUACAAUGUCAGGGUGCCCGACCAACAAGUGAUCAAAUGGACACGAUUAAAUCCUCGGUAACUUUAUGGUUUUUGUUGCAAGAUGGCAUACACUUUGAAAAAAUAAAAACUAUAUUUCGCCAUGUAGCAGAUAUACUCAACAUAAGAUAUGAGCCCUCCACUCUUAAUAACUACGAAAAAAUUAAACUUUCAAGGGACGAUGUUGAAAUCUUCACCCUAGCGUUUGUAGUUUCAGAACAUGCGGCCCUAUUGAAUUUCAUUAAUGAGAUAGUGGCGGAACACAUGGGCCAAGAUGAAUACAUGAGUGACCUUAAGUUAAGAGAAGUACUCGCCAAAAUAAAAGAGCGAGCCGAUUUCGACGGAAGGUUUCCUGAGAUUGUAGGACAGUGCAUUAGUAAUACAUUACAAAAGACAGCAAAUAACUAUAGAUUUACAUUCAGUGACGUUAAAAACUACGCCCUAGCGUAUGUAGCUUCGGGAAAUCCGGACGUAAUGGAAAUAGUACAUAACGCCGUGAUUGCUCAUGAAAAACCUGAUGGCAUGGACUAUGAAGCAUUUAGAAAAGUAAUUGAGGACGUAAUACGAACAUUAGAAGUACAAAAACCAGUACCCAGUUACGAUGAAUUCAAAGCGGAUGUCUUAAGUCGCAUAUUCUCUGUGAACGGAAUUGAAAAUUUGAUCAUUGAAACAUUAUUUCCUUUAUAGUUUGAAUACAAUAUUAACUGUUAUUAAAUCAGUGCAUUUAUGUAAUACAUCACAUAC